UCUGCUGGUGUGAGACAUAAAACUAAACUAAGAUUUUAACUGGACGUCAGCUAUGUAGACCUGGUGAUGUCAUGUUCUCCAACAUACCUUCAAAUGCUGUUUACUUGGAGAUCACGCAGCACAUAAGAGCUUCUGUGCUGUUAAUCUGGCCACAGCUGGGAAACUGGAGUGAUGUUUCAGUGAGUGUUGAUAUUUAGUCUGUGCUCAACGCGGAACACUUCUCGUAACUGCCGUGGGAGGCGUGGUAGCUGGAUGAGUGCUGCCUUGUUAAAGGCGUUGGUUCCGUUGUGGAGUUUGAACUGAGACACAAAGUUCGGUCAACAUGCAGGUCAAAAUGAAGGGUGUGUUUGGUUACGCUGGGCUGAUUUUAAUCCUGUUUUUGAGCCAUUCAGCUCUAGCUUUGAAAAAGCCAAAAGUGGAUUCUGUUCAAGGAACGGACUGCAGCCAAAUUAAAGCUAGAUCUCCAGAAGCAACUAGUGGAGUUUAUGUGAUCAGACCUGCUGGAGUCAAAGCAAGUUUCAAGGUGCACUGUGAGAUGCUUCCAGAUGGAGGCUGGACUGUGUUUCAGAGACGCACUGGAGGACAGGUGUCCUUCAACAGGAAAUGGGCAGCUUAUAAAAAUGGAUUUGGAGAUUUGAAUAAGGACCACUGGCUUGGUCUUAAUAAUGUUUUUGUUAUGACCAAGAACAAAUCCAAGAAGUGGACUUUAAGGGUGGACCUGUGGGACCAUGAAGGUGGCACUGCUUUUGCUGAAUACAACAACUUCAGACUAGGACAUGAGAAGAAUGCUUACAAACUGAACGUUGGAAAAUACAGAGGAAACGCAGGUGAUGCCAUCCGUGGCGCCAAUCCAGGCAUCAACCAAAAUGGCCAUGGCUUCAGCACCACUGACCGAGACCAUGACGGCUGCUCACCGUGCAUUUUUGGCGACAUCGCUGUACGGAAUUGCGCCGCUUUGGAGGGUGGUGGUUGGUGGUUCAGCAAGUGUGGAUCUGCUAAUCUAAACGGCGACUGGCAUCCUUCUGGUCAGCACGUUGGCUGGGCUUCCGGCCUCCAUUGGCUCACAUGGAAACAUGCUCCUUAUUCAGCCAAGGCCACCAGAAUGAUGAUCAAGUCUGGCUAAAGUCUCUUCCUAUUUUGUUUUUUUUAGACACCCAGGUCAUAUCUGCCUUUUUCUUUUUUCAAAAAAAAUGCUGAAAAAAUACUUAAUGGAGGAUGAGUAAAACCAGAAUUAUUAUUCUUGGGUGUUUUCACCCCACCUGUCCAUUAAAAUCUCCUUCUGUUGAUGGACAUUGUUCCUCAGAUUUCAAAGAAAUUUGUUGUGCAGAUCCUGAGGUUCUUGAAGGCUAGUUUGUUAUUAAAAGAGACUUAAUUUCUUUGUAAGUUAGUUUUUCUGCAAUCUUGCAUUGUUUCCACCACAACCUGUGCUUCACCUCUGUUUUCCUGUAACUCUGUGUUCCAUUUGAACUUUUAUUUUCUUUUUAAAAUGGUGGGAAAGAUGUUUUCUGAUCACUUAGAUACAAAAUCCAGGUAAUUUCAUCAGCUACUCUUUUGGUCCAUUAAGCAAAGAUUUUGUAUUUUUAGUUGUGUUUUUAGGACCAUGUUUUUAGUCUGACCUGUACACAAUUAUCAGUUUAAUGAUGUACUCUGAUCAUUGCCUUUGAGUAAGACUUCAUCCUUUGGCAUAUGAAGGCAUUUGUAGAUCUGCUCAAUGCUUGUUCAACCAUUUUUAUUUUUUAUUUUUGCAUCACUUGGACAUUGCUGUAUAUUGUUGCAUGCCUCAUAAUAAAAAUGCAAGUUUAAAAUGA